AGCUCACGCCACCGAGAAUCUUUCGUUCUUCUCACUUCCUUCUUCCCACCUCCUCCUGACCUCCUCUCUCUCUCUCUCUCUCUCUCUCUUCUUGACAGUGAAGUGGGGGAGAGCUCCAGCUGAGCUGGGCGCGCGAGUGAUGGCAUGGGGAGCUUGCAUUGCUGCUCUGCCCCUGCUGCUUCUUCUUCUUCUUGCUGCCGCAGCAGGUGGCAAUGGCGGCGUGCAUUGCCUGGAGCAGGGGAGCCGGAGCCGGAGCAGGAGAGCCUUGCAGGGGAGGCACAAGCACCACCUGAGGUCAAGAGCGGUGGGUGGCGCCACGGUGCUCGAGCUGAGGCACCACAGCUUCAGCUCGGCGCCGAGCAAAAGCAGGGAGGAGGAGGCCGACGCCUUCCUGUCCUCCGACGCCGCGCGCGUAGCGUCGCUGCAAUGGCGCAUCGAGAACUACAGGCUGAUCGGGUCGGCGGCGGCUGCGUCCAAGGCGCAGGUGCCCGUCAGCUCGGGCGCGAAGCUCCGGACGCUCAACUACGUGGCCACCGUCGGGCUGGGCGGCGGCGAGGCCACGGUGAUCGUGGACACGGCCAGCGAGCUGACCUGGGUGCAGUGCAAGCCGUGCGACUCGUGCCACGACCAGCAGGAGCCCCUCUUCGACCCGUCCUCGUCGCCGUCCUACGCCGCGGUGCCGUGCAACUCGUCCUCCUGCGACGCGCUGCAGGUGGCCACGGGCAUGUCGGGUUCUCCGGCGUGCGGCGGCGCCGACCGGCCCGCCUGCAGCUACACGCUCAGCUACCGCGACGGCUCCUACUCCCGCGGCGUCCUGGCGCGCGACAAGCUGAGCCUGGCCGGGGAGGCCGUCGACGGCUUCGUGUUCGGCUGCGGCACCAGCAACCAGGGCGCGCCGUUCGGCGGCACCUCCGGCCUCAUGGGCCUCGGCCGGAGCCAGCUCUCGCUCGUCUCCCAAACCGCGGACCAAUUCGGCGGCGUCUUCUCGUACUGCCUGCCGCUCAAGGAGUCCGACUCGUCGGGCUCGCUGGUGCUCGGCGACGACUCGUCGGUGUACCGGAACUCGACUCCGAUCGUGUACACCUCGAUGGUGUCCGACCCUCUGCAGGGGCCAUUCUACUUCCUCAACCUCACCGGGAUCACGGUCGGCGGUCAGGAGGUGGAGUCCCCAGGCUUCUCGUCGGGCAAGGUGAUCGUCGACUCCGGGACCGUGAUCACCAGCCUCGCGCCGUCUAUCUACAACGCCGUCAAGGCCGAGAUCCUGAGCCAGUUCGCCGAGUACCCGCAGGCGCCGGCGUUCUCCAUCCUCGACACCUGCUUCGACAUGACGGGGUUCAAGGAGGUGCAGGUACCCAGCCUGAAGCUCGUGUUCGACGGCGGCGUGGAGGUGGAGGUGGACUCGAGCGGCGUGCUCUACUUCGUCAGCAGCGACUCCUCUCAGGUGUGCCUGGCCAUGGCCGCCCUGAGGUCCGAGUACGAGACCUCCAUCAUCGGCAACUACCAGCAGAAAAACCUGAGGGUCAUCUUCGACACCUCGGCGUCGCAGGUUGGGUUCGCACAGGAGACCUGUGGGUACAUUUGACUUUGACUGGGAUGGGGGCUGGGGGCAGCCACCAGCUAUAUAUGUGAAUAUUUUUAUACUUGCAGAUUUGUUUCGAGAUUACCUCUGGUGAUUGGCAAAUGGUAAUACAGUAUUCGGUUGCUGGCAAAUGU